AUGGAGGAAUAUAAGUUUAAUUCUCGAAGGCCUGAUCUAAAAGUAAACACCAAAUCCCACAUAGACACUUCAGUUGAGCUUUGGUCUGAAGUAAGGCCAGUAGGAAGGCAUCCAUCCAGAAGAAGUUAUCAUUCUGCCUGCGUGUGGCGAAACCAAAUGCUGAUUUAUGGAGGCCAAGAUCUUAGAGAAGGACCUCAAGGUGGCCUUUGGGCUUUAAGGAUUCCUGAAGUUAACUCAGGCGAAGACGAAGAAUGAGUAGAAAUUCCUAUCGAAGACCGUGGCCCGUUAUGCAGACAUACUGGAAUUGUGAAAGAUAAUCGAAUGUUUAUAUUCGGCGGCUCCAACGGUGACAGAGAAUUCAACAACACAUUGGUUUUAGACCUUAUUUCUCUACAAUGGACUGUUUGGACCCCAGACGUCCCCACGUGUCCUCCUCCAUUAGACUCCCAUACAGCUUGUCUUUAUGAAGAAGCCUCUGUUGGCUGGAUGGUUGUUUUUGGCGGUUUUGUCCAAGGAGACCGCACUAAUGAAGUCUAUAUCCUUAACCUAAACACCGCUAAGUGGAAAAACGCAAAAGUGACCGGGAUAAAGCCUCCAUCAAGAUCAAAUCACAGCGCUGUUGUAUACAGAGACCAUUUAUUUAUUUUUGGAGGGUCAAAUGACGAAGGCGAAAAACUCAAUGACUUGUGGAAGCUUGAUUUAAGGACUUAUAAUUGGGAACAAAUACAUGGGCUAGGACAAGUCCCAACUCCUAGGUCUGGACAAACUGCAAUUCUUUAUAAAGACUAUAUGAUCAUUUUUGGAGGAAUGCGAGACAUAACGAAAGAAACCAACGAAAUGCAUUCCUAUGAAUUUUCUUCUAACUUAUGGACAAUGUUCCAAGAUGAGCAACAAAUCAAAGACCCUGUAUCUGCAGCCCAACUUGAAGAGUUCAAAAAAGCAAAAAGCCCAUUAAUGCCAAGAUCAAAAACAAUAAACACUGAAAGUCCACACAAAUCUUCAGAAGCCAACAGAUCGCCAGAACUCAGCUCUGGGGACUCUUCUCCGACAAGAGGAAAAAGAGCUUCUCUUUAUAUCGGCCCAGCUGCUCCAGUUGUAGGGAAAAUAAAUGGCAAAGCCCCUCACCCUCGAGAUGGCCAUUCUUCAAUUCUCUUUGGAGACAUGAUGGUUGUGUUUGGCGGCGAUCGGCACCAAAUGCCAUUUAAUGACGUUUAUUCCUAUGCGCUUGUUGAACAAACAAUAAAAACUCCACUAAUCCUAAAUUAA